GUAUUGUAUUGUAUUGUGUUGUAUCGUAUUGUACUAUAUUGUUUGAUGAUAUAAUGUUUCGAUAGAUUUGUAUUGUUUUCCAUCGUUACAUAACGUUGUACAUCAAGAAAGAUGGUAAGAUAGUUGUGAUUGUCAAAAGGCAUCCCUUUGGUUGUGUUUCCUCUUAUGGUUAUGAUUACAUAGUUUUAAUGCCCAUGAGUUGCAUGAUUAAAAGAGCCACUGUCUAUAAGCUGUAAAUUUGUUAUAAUAAUUCUAAUUCUCUUAUUGUCAAAAGGCAUGCAUCCUUUCUUUUCUGUCCUGCAAAUUCUGUUUUUCAUUAUGUUUCUAUUUUCUCUAUUUGGAUAGAGGAAUGUCUAACAAUCUGCUAGUUGAUCCUAAUUGGGCAGGUCUCAGAUAAGAUCUUAGGAAUGUAAAUUUUAUUUGGUUUGGUUUACCAUAUAAUUAAUUGGUAGAUUCUACUUUCACAUUUUCACGAUUUAAUGUAUCUUUUGUGUUGUUCUUACUGAAAUAAAUAAAGAAUGGAUACAAGAGUCUUUGUAUUAUUUGAACUGCCUUAUCUUAAAGUUAAGUUGUUAUAAAGGGCACAGCACAUCUUUAUAUUUACUGCAAUAUGUACCUUCAUGUGCGGCUCAAAUUAUUUUUUCAUUCCCCAGCAUGUGAACAUACAUUUUGAUGUCUUGAUUAAAAAAUAAACUUAAACUGGAACCUUGAUGAAUAAUAUGAAGCAAGAGACAGCGAAAACAGGUAAUCUAGAAGAGAAAGGGACUCUUAGGUGUUGACAUGUUUUCUUCUGUGCUGUUACUUAUUUUGAUUGAGUUCCAGAUGUCGCCCCCUUACACUAUCUUUUUAUGCCUUCUCUACUGCCUUUCUCCUUAUGCAUUCUUUUCACCAUUAAUGUUUUCCGGGGAUGUUAGAUACUUAAAACUAAAGUUCUAGAUGAUUUUCUAGUGUUUGAUUAGGUACAAAAUAGGUUGGUAUAUGAAAAUCCUACAAGGUGUAGCAUAGGCAUGAGGAUAGUAUCUUCGUGAAAUCGUUUGACUAGUGAAGGUUGACAAUUACAUAUAAAUACUGAUUGAAGCAGCUGAUAUAGUGUGAAUGUUGAAAUACUCGUGAAGGAAAAUGAUUCUCUCGGAAGUGAGAGAAGUCAUUCUACGAAAAGCAUCCUUGAAGAAAAUAUUUCAGCAGUUCAAAGUAACCAAAUACUAGAAAAUGAUUUCAUCCAUGAAAUAUUUUCCUUGGAGAACAUUUUUUAUCAUAGGAACACACUUCUAGGUUUAACAUAAGCCAAGCCAGAAAAUUGGCAAACAUUGCUGAUCGGUUGGUUAUCGAAUUUAACCUAAAAUUCUGAGAAAUUGAAAAUUUUAAGGAAGCCAUUUCAAGUAAUUUUGAGUAACUGAUCACGUUUUUCCUUAUGCUUUUGAUAUUUAUUUUCUGCAUUAAAUAGAAAUAUCAACUGAUGUGCUUGAUUCAAUAAAAAUGCUUUUGGUUAAGGAAAGGGAUCUCAACAAGAUAGUCCAGAAGCAAAUAUUGUAAGCAAAUUGUAUUGAUUGUAGCUCUCUAUAACCAACUGUGUAUAGACAUAAUUUCUUUUCUAUAUUACCUGAUUCCUCAAAGUUUAUUACCAGAGCUUUCGAAAUCUUUAAUAUAUUCGAAAGCCCUGAAGAUUUACAGUUGAAAUGUGGUCUAGCAUCUACAUUGGGUUUGCACUCAUGUAGUUUUUUGAGUUUCUAUUCAAAUAUAGAGAAGUAUCUACGGAUAAGUUAAAACUGCUUAUGGUGUCCACCUACGCCAUGCCAAGUUGCCAACUCUGUCAUACAAUCUUUGCUUUUACACUUGAAGCUGAUAACUAGCAUAUUUAUGAGAUUGAUGUAGUUUAUGUUUAAUCUUUUCAUUCAUUAAUUUCAGGAGAAAUAAAGUACAGAAAAGAGUCGAAGUAAGUUUAUAUUGAGUACAACAACUAUAAUGGAAAUCAACACUUAUCAAACUCGCGCUGAGAUGCUUCUUCGAAGUUACAUUCUUUCAGAUUCUUUCAUUGUCUACUCUUCUGUUAUUGGUGGUGUUUUCGCAUGCAAGCUGGUAUAUGAUCUUAGCCAGAUAUUCUCCUCUAUUUACUUUAAGCGCUAUGCUGGGCUCUCAAAAUCACAACAAGUUGAAUGGAAUAACCGGUCCAUAUCUACAGUUCAUGCAAUAUUCAUUACAGCCAUGUCACUGUUCUUGGCAUUCUGGUCAGAUCUUUUCUCUGAUGAUCAGCUGUCUGGCCUUGUCAUUAUGCGGAGUUCCACUUUAUCAACCUCUGUCUUGGGGGUUUCUGUGGGAUAUUUUCUCACUGAUCUUGCUAUGAUCCUUUGGUUUUAUCCUUCUUUAGGUGGAAUGGAAUAUCUGGUUCAUCACCUUCUCUCUUUGGUGGCACUGUCAUAUGCUAUGUUGACUGGUGAGGCUCAGUUUUAUGUGUACAUGGUUUUACUUUCUGAGGCAACUACCCCGGGGAUCAACUUGAGAUGGUAUCUUGAUGUAGCUGGAUUGAAAAAGUCGAAAGCAUACCUGAUAAACGGUUUCAUGAUGGUGUUUGUUUGGCUGGUUGCCAGAAUUUUGGUAUUCAUUUACGUGUUCUACCACUUCUACGUCCACUACGAUCAGGUUAUGAAGGUGUCUUCAUUUGGGAUUUUCUUGGUAUGUGUUGUGCCAUUGGUAAUUGCUGUGAUGAACUUGGUUUGGUUCUGGAAGAUUGUGAAAGGACUUAAGAAAACUUUAGCAAAGAGGAACUGAAGUUUGGACCAAAUUAACAAUCCUCAUAUCACAUAUUCAAAUACCUCAACUAUUCUCCUUGUGUACAUAAAAAUUGAAUACAAUUGACUUGCUGUGCUGUUCUCAACAGGGUUCAAUAGAUAAUAUAGACGAAAAUGACUCAUA